AAAAGUUGCUUUCUCGUGUCACGCAAAUCGUAUGGAGCCAUUUGUUGAUCCUGAUUUGAGAUCAAUUGACCCUCCGCCUUCCGAUGACCCUGCCGAGAGGUACGUUAAUGAAUCGGAUAUUCCAAAAGAUUGUUUGGAGCCAAUUUCUUCUGAAGCGAAUCCAGUUAGUAUUGAGACGCCAUUCCCUACAGUGUCAAAAAGAGAAAGAGUCAAACAAAGAAUCAGACCAUGAAAAGGCAAAGAAUCAACUUCAAAAUGCAAAAGAAUCAACUCCGGAAGCAAUUGUUAUCGACGAUAAAACUGUGUUUAGUGCAGAAAAGAUUCUGAAACACCGAAAGAGAAAUGGAAAGGUUGAGUACUUGGCC